AUUUCAUAUGUAGCAAACAAACAACCAAUAAUGAGGAAAGAAACUUCAGUAUUCUUAAAUUAAGAUCAUCAUUUACAAGAAAUGCAGCCAACAACAAAACAAGAAAAUGAAUCUAUAUUUCCAGAAACGGCAGAACUUUGGUUUGCCAAUUCGGAUUCCGAUGUGUGUACCCCUCCCACGGGAUAUGCCCAGAUCAUUCCCCUCAUCAUUGGCCCCCAAAGUUCCUCUAUUUUAGAGUAUAACCGCAAGAGAUGAGACUGACGAUUGAAAAGCGAAAGAAGGAUCUUAGGGCUGUCUGGUUGCUGUGAAACAGAGAAGAUAAUCUACAGUUGCUGCAAGAUGGAGAAGGUGGAUCUCCGGCAGUGAAAGGAAAGACGAAGAGGGCGAAGAGCUGAGGUUUCCCGUGAGCAGUGGUUAUUGUGAUGGAGGAUGGCGAUGAUCGGGGAUAAAGAACAGUUGUCGAAGAAUGGUGAUGGUGGGUGUGAUGGGGAGGAAAUCGGCAAAAAGAUGGUGAAGAUCGGAAUCAAAAAGGGCUUGGGAGAGGCUAACUAGUUGUGGAAGAUCGUUAGGGAUUUCUCCUUUUUUUUGGGCUGCCAAAUCCUCCUUCUCCAAUCCCAGAUGUGCUUGUGUGGCUAGGGUUCAAGAGAAGGAUCGAAAUAGAAGGAGAGAAAUCAUUCUCUUUUUUUUCGUUUUUUCUGGUCUGUCGCCUCCCCCUUUCUUUUGUCCGUUCAUCCUCUUUUAAAGAGAAAGGAAAACUACGGUUUUUGUUGUUGGGUUUGGAUUUUAAUGGGCUGGUUUAUGAAAUUGGGUUGAGGUUUGAAUUAAACUGGUGGUGGGCUCAAUAUUGGGAUUUGGACUGGAUUUAUGGGUUUGUAUUGUUUUUGGGCUGAUUUUUUUGAAGGAGUUGGGCCAUUAUGGAUUUGAGGUGUAAAUGGGCUGAACUUCAGGGCCUUUGUAUGAUUUCUGCGAUUUGACCUUGAACUUUAAAUUCUUUCAAUUAAGUCCCCUUUCUUGA